AUGGGUUUCACACCUGAAGUCCUGAGAGAAGCGCAGGAGAGUUUUGCGUUUAAGGAUGAAAAUGUCUUGAUACUGACUUACCCCAAAUCAGUGGUAUAUGGAUCCUGGUUUGAUCACAUUCAUGGCUGGAUGUCCAUGAAAGGGAAGGAGAACUUCCUGAUAGUGAGUUAUGAAGAGCUGAAACAGGACACCAGAAGCAUCGUAGAGAAGAUCUGCCAAUUCCUGGGCAAGAAAUUAGAACCAGAAGAACUGAACUCCGUCCUCAAGAAUAGCUCCUUUCAGGGCUGGCCCCGUGGCCGAGUCAUGAAAGAAAACAAGAUGUCCAAUUAUUCCCUCCUGUGUGGUCAGACUUUAGAUGAGAAGAAAGGAUCAAUUAUGAGAAAAGGCACUUCCGGGGACUGGAAAAAUCACUUCACGGUGGCCCAAGCUGAAGCUUUUGAUAAAAUAUUUCAGGACAAAAUGGCAGAUCUUCCUCGAGAGUUGUUCCCGUGGCAAUAAUGUUCAGAAACUUCUAAAUCUUAUAUGAAUUUGAUCUUUGUUUCCUGUCCUUGUACACGUGUAUGACUCGAGUAAUUGCAUUGUUACCUCCAUGUCUUGUCCCUGCUUUUCUGCCUCUGAAGGUGGAGCAUC